UGAAAUUAACGGAAAUUAACCUACAAUGGCAUGCACUAUGGCCAUGUAUUUAUUUCAAUUUAUAUUAAAGGUAGUAAGUUGUUAAUCAUGUUAAUAAAGUCAAAUAAAGUGCCCAAACAGCCAAACAUAAUUAAGUAUGACCGACAGCAAUAGUAUUGAUGAAACUGUAAAUGAGGUGAAACUAACAGAAUACCAGAAAAAGUUUGUGGAAUUGGCAUUUAAAUAUGCUAAAGAAGCUUUAGCUAAAUUAGAAGUUCCGGUAGGAUGCAUUUUUGUUUAUAAUGAAAAUAUUAUAGCCGAAGGAAGAAAUGAAGUGAAUGAAACUCGUAAUGCUACUCGUCAUGCAGAAAUGGUCUGUAUAGAUCAAGUAAUCAACUAUUGUAAUGAUAGGAAAUUAGAUUACAAACAGGUGUUUAAAGAUUUGGUGGAGAGACUGUCUUAAAUGUAGCUUCAAUAGUGAAACCAACUACUAAAAUUUUUGGAGGUUACAAAGCAGAAGAAGCUAUGGAACU